CAGUCGUCGACAGCAACUUGGCACAGUGAUUCCGUACUCACUUCACCACUUUGUCGCGUACUACUGUAUGUUGGAAAUGCCCACUUGACUCGCCUGGGACGUCAGAGAAGGCGACGACUCUUUUCCUGAAGCAAGCAACCGCUCCUCCCUUCCUCUGCUCUGCUCCGCACCAACCACCGCGGCCGGCCUCAAUCGAACCAGGUGAGGGAGGCACCCAACCACGCGGCGGCGGGACCGACGAAGGGAGGCGCGUCCGGCGGCCUGGAGAUGGCCGCGCCGGGCGCCGACGAGCACCGGAAGCGGCGCCGGGGACGGCCCUCGCCCGCCGAUCUGCUCCUCAACUGCGACCUGCCCCCUCCGGCCAAACUCUUCGGCCCUCUCCCGACUCUUCUUCACAGAUUGGAGAGCGCGGCGGGGGCGGACAAGAAGGGCGACGGCGGCAACGACGAGCUGCGGCGGGCGCUGCGGCUGUCGCAGUCGCGGGCGCGGGAGGCGGAGCAGAAGCUGGCUGCGACCAACGGAGGCCUCGCGGCGCUGCUGGUGCGGGACUCGGUGCUGCUCUCGGCGCACCGCCGGUGGGUGAUGAUGCUCGAAGCCGAGAACACCGCGCUCAGAGCCGCCGGCGCCGAGCCUGAAGAUGAUGAGGGGGAGGAUGGCCCCCGGCAGAGUGUCGCCGCCGCGUGGUGGGUCGCGCUGGCGGUCUGCGUCGUCGGCCUCGCCCUCACUAACCUCCUACUCUGAGAUUAAAAUUAACCAUCCAUAUUGGUUUCAGUGAUUUCCUCUGUAAAUCUCCCGUUGGAGCGGACCUAAUCCUGCUCUGAAAUUGAAAAUUGACCGUCCAUCCAUAGUUUCAGUGAUCCAUAGUUGGAUCAUGGUGAUUAAUUGUGUGAGAAUGUUAACAUCUGCUUGAUGCUC